AUGACAUCCAAAGGCAAAGGUAUCUACAAAACUUUCAAACGAUCUAUUUCCAAUUCAAUGGCGACUGUUGGCGAUGCAUUCUCACAAAGUUCUUCCGGAGUUAAGUACGGCGGAGGCUCAGGCAAAACAUGGAUCCAUCCUCCUGAUGUGCUUCUAAAUGGUAAAGUCGAAUAUUCUGUGAAAUUCUUGGGCUCUCGAGAAGUUGACAAACCUAAGGGCACUGAAGUUAUCAGAGAUGCCAUCACUGCCAUCCGUUUCCAACUCCAGGUAAAAAGGUCAGAGACUGGACAUUCAGGAGCGAAGCUACAGAAGGUUGAUUUGCAAAUAAACGUGGAAGGCGUUAUCAUAGCAGAUUCAAAAACUAAAAUGGUUCUUCAUCGUUAUCCUCUUCAGAGAAUUUCUUUUUGUGCAGACGAUAAGCAGGACAAGCGUGUGUUCUCCUUCAUUGCGAAGGCAGAAGGAGAGUCUAACAGGCAUGACUGCUUUGUUUUUUUGAGUGAUAAGUUAGCAGAACAGAUCACAUUGACUGUAGGAGAAGCUUUCGAUCUCGCAUAUAAACGUUACAUGGAUCGUAACAAAUCAUCUCUUGAAACACAGAAGCAAAUUUUAUAUUUACGUAAAAGGAUAGCAGAGCUGGAGCAAGAGAAUCAGGUUUUGAGUCAACGUUUAGCUGAAAAUCUCAGAAGCACUUCCAAGAAUCAAGUCUCUUUGCUUGAUGCUCCUGCACUCCCCUCAACUCCGAUGCCCUCAGCUCCGCCUCCUGGAGUUUCUGCUUCGCUUCCUAAUACUUCGCAAGCGCCUAAUACGCCUGUUUAUCAGAAUAUGCCGUCAAGCAGCACACUCCUUCCAAAUGAUCCGUUCUCAGAUCUUCUCUCUGCUCCUUCACAAUUCCCUACUACUGUAAAUACUUCAGCAUCCAUAUACAACACACUAAGUUCAGAACAACAAGCCCCAUUCUCUUCUCCCUCCGGACCGGCUCCUGCUUUCCCCCCUCCACCAUGCCCAACAUUGGCUCCACCACCUCCAGUAGCUUCUAGAAGAAACGUUAGCAACCAGGGAUCAACGCAGGUUAGCCCAGAUAAAAAUUCAACUGGUUCCGAGAAAAAUACCGUUUUCGACGAUGAUUUCGAUCCUCGUGCAACUAGUAAGAAAGAACCUGAGAAAAAAGAUUAUGAUCCAUUUGGAGAAGAUUUCCUCGAUGAUGUUUUACGGGAUGACUUAACCGAUAAACCUACCUCUGCUGCAAGACCACAACCCACGGCGGAUGACUUCCAAGCAAUGAUUGACAAAGUCGACAAAAAGUUGGCUGAGAUGUCCACUGGGUUCAGUGGAGGACAAUUAGACGUAGGAGAAGUAACAACUGGAGAGGCUUUCAAAGAGUUUGAUGAAAGUGAGUACGGAACACCAUUGGAUCGUGUGAAUCCGGAGGUAGUCGGUGUAAAUAAAAGCAAAGAAUGA